CCUUUGUCUUCCUAUCUCAUCUCACCUCCCAUUCUUCACCUAUCCUAUCCAUCAUCAUGCACAACAUUGUCUUUCGAGGAUUCUUCCUCCUAUUUAUACGACUUCGACAACUGCCUUCAAUUUCAAACACAGUUUCCUGCACUGCUUGCUUUUUUUUCUAUAUAUUCGCCCAUAUAUAUAAACCCUAGUUGUUGAAAUUUUGGCGGCUCCAAUUUUUUUCAUAUUUUCAACUCCGAUGGCUGACUUGGAUCACUCCCACUCCACUUCUGACGACAACUCUGUGGAUUCUAGAGAGGAAAGUAGUCAAGACUCUAAGCUUGAAUUUUCAGAAGAUGAGGAAACUCUAAUCACUAGGAUGUUUAAUCUGGUUGGUGAGAGGUGGUCUCUGAUUGCUGGCAGAAUCCCUGGAAGAUCAGCAGAGGAGAUUGAAAAGUACUGGACUUCAAGAUACUCGACAAGUGAAUGAAGUGCCAAAAACAAUGAAUGGUUCAAUGGUGUCUCUCUCUCUCUCUCUCUCUCUCUCCCUAUUAGAGCAGAAAAUUUUGGGGGUGUGGUUAACAAUGUUUGGGGUGUACUUAAUAUGCAUGGGUUGUUUUUUCCAGUUGCUUAAACAAGGAAGCUAAUGGGGUCUGCAAGUGCCCAUCUCUCUGUACAAUAGUUAUUGGUUUAAUGAUGUUUGGGUUUUCAGUUUUAA